AUGGUGGCCGAAUUGACUGACAUUCCCGUCGCAAACGUAGAACGGAAGAGACUAACAGCUGAUCCGGAACAAUUUAUAUCUUCUAUCAAGCAAAAAACUAGACCGAAGUGGAUUCAAACAGCUAUUCGUGAACCGACCUAUAGCGUUCUAGAUAUCAACGAUAGAUCAAUUGAUAACAAUAUAUUAUUUGGUCAGAAGAGGAACGUAGUCGUGAUAACCGCUGUGAAAAGUGAUAAAACGAGAGGAAACGAUUUGGAAAUAGCUCGAAUCGAACAGAAGAAAGUUCCGAAUGUUUGGCUGCCGACAGUGAAUGAACUAACGUAUGAAAACUCGACGAUUCUCGAGGCAGAAGAUGAGGAUCCUCUUUAUAGCGUGGUAAAGAAACCCAAGAAGGUUCAGUUACCCGAUACAGGUUUUCUCGAGAGUAAACUUCAACCCAUCAAAGAACAAUCAUCGGGUGAGAGGCAAAUACAGAUCUGUUCGCGACAAGAGGAGCUUCGACGGUGGUUACAGGUUGCAUCGACACGAUUACCGGAACCAAGACGACUUUUCAGUUUCAGAGAAAUGUAUACGAACCAAUUGGGGAAGUUUGAUCAGAUGGAAGAUUGGAAGGGAGCCGUGGCCGUGCCUCGAGGGAUCGUCGGUCUGGUCGGGCCUUAUCGAGUUUAUCAAAAUCCGAACGAAAGAAGAGAGUACAUGCUUCAGGAGGAGGAAUUGGUCGAAGAAGUGGUCGAUUCUGUCAGUGAAAUCGCCGCGAGUGGGAACAACGGGGUCACUGAAUACCAUCAACGAGCGAAAUGGCGAAUAAGAGAGGACGACGAGGAAACUCUGGUGCCUGAUAUUCGAAAUAUCCCCGGUCUCGAAGAAUUUGCUGUGGAGACGGAAGAAAGCAAGGAAUUGUCCGAUUGGAAGAAAGUGGACGAUCAAGUUAUCAUUGAUUAUAGCAAGAACGACGAAGAGCUCAAGUCGAAGGAGGAUGAAUUCAAGGGAGAUAUCGAUGAGAUCGUAUCUGGGAAAGAGGAACGAGCUGUGGACGUUCCGGAAGAAGCUUCAACUGUUUCUACCACUUCGGUAAAGGAUAAAAAGGUCAGCAAUGAACAACACGAUAAGGAUAGUUUAAACGAGACAGGAAGUACAACAGGUGGCACCGUGGAGGGUACACCUGGCGGUGUCCCCAAUAGGGGUGAAAGGAACACCGAGACAGAGACAGCAAUUGCAGAGGGAACGAGAUCUGCUCCGUCCAAGUCUCUGGUCUCCAGAAUCCUUUCUAGGACACACUCUUCAAACGACCUAUUGGAUCAUUCUGAACCUUUUUCUCAGUUAUGGAUCAUCCUUUCGAAUGUUUAUGGUCAACUUCUCGUAGUACUGAUGAUUGCUCUAUGCUUAGCCGAAGUCAUGGACACACCUGUACCUUUGCUCAGUUUACAAGGCAUAUUUUUAAUGUACUUAUAUGUAGGAAGCAUAGCAGUGAUUAUCAGCAUCUAUAUUUGGGUAUUGGUAGACAGUUGUGGAAGUCUCGGUACCGGUACAAAUGGUGUUGACGAUGCGGAACUCGGUGGUACAUCCUUAACCAGGUUCGGAUCUUUGAAACGUGCUCACAUCUCGCGAUCUAGAACAGCUUCAACAAGUUUUUACAUUCGAGUUGGAGCGCUCCUUUUCGGUUUGGCGACUCUCGUUUUCAAUGGUUUAGAAAUGGCGAUGCAUUCCAUGAUGCAAGGCACAGAAUGUUUGAGCGAUGUUGUUUUCGUACAUCCGGUACUUCAUGGAUUAUUUACAUUUCUUCAAAUGCAUUUUCUUUUCGUGAAUUCGCAAGUUCUUGUAGAGAGAUUCGGUUUGGUAGCGAGAUUCGGAUUCAUCCAUUUGGCUGCUACAAAUAUUGCUGUUUGGUUUCGAUUAGUUAUUUGGGAUUCUGCUCAAGAAUGGACUUAUUUUGUUCAUUUGGCACAACGCGGUUUGCACAAUUCAGCUUCCCCAUUGAAUCUUCGAGGAUUUCCAGAAUCUUUGAUAAGGCAUACUCGAGAUUUGAUAAAUCAUUCUCCAGUAGAAAAACAAGUUUUUCAACCAUAUCAGCCUAUCUCGGAUGAACAAAUCUCACAAGUAAUUGCUUUACAAGAGUGCUUGAAUACUAAUACUCUUGGACAAUUGUGGACAUCGAGUAUGCCAUUUCUUUAUCCAUUUAUUGUACAAUUUAGUUUAAUUGCUGCUGCAGUGACUUUUGUAAUGGGUCAAAACGUCGGUCGAAAUCGAUUACAUAAGCAAAAGUUUCAUGGCAGCAAAGAUUUGACAAGUCACACUAAAGUUGGAUGCGAUGGUUCGAGCAAAGGAUUAUUCUUAGGCAUAUUGUGUAUGGUCGCGGGCAUAGUAGUAAUAUUGAUAUUUCUUGUCGUAAGAGAAGAUCAACAUUUUCCAUCGUCAACCUUAUCCUGGUUAACUUGCGGUACUUUAACUAGCAUUUUAACGUUGAGUACCUUAAUGACAGCUAGUGGGCUUAUUCAAGUUCGUCAAAUGUCUGUCGUUAUUAGAGCACCAGCCAUCUUAGAUAGUUUAUUAUCAAACGUGGCUCUCUUUGGAGUUCAGUUAUACUCUAUUUUCACGAUUGUAGUUUCUGCCUGUUCCUUAGCUAUUCUAGAGAAUGAAAGCAAUGAAACACGAGGAAGGCAUAUUAUGCUACUUACGGCAUCGAUUUUACAAUUAAUCCAAUGUUUUGCUCAAAGCACAUUGAUCGCUGAAGCAUCUAAGAGAUCUUGUAUAACUCGUUUCCAAAUAAUAGCGAAACCAGCCAGACAAGUGAUUACAUUUUUAUUAUUCAGUAAUUCUGUAUUAUGGGCUUUCGAUACUGUGGUUACACAGAAUUGGAUCUCACAAGAACUGCAAUUGAGAUUUUUUGGAGUACUCGCCUGGGGCGUCAUAUCCAGGAUUGGGUUACCUUUAUUGAUUUUUUAUCGAUUCCAUAGUUGUGUGUUGUUAUUAGAGGCGUGGAAUAAAUGUUAUAGAAUGCCAAGAGGAGAGCAUCCGCUCAACUGACGACACAGAAUGCUAUGUUCCUCGAGAUUACAACCAAGAUCGCAUGACUCUUAUUGUCGCAGAAAUGUGACCAUUAAUUUACAACAGGACAACGAAUGGUCCACCACGAUUCAGAGAACUCCAAAGAAAAUAUUUAAUUCGAAUUCAUGGAUGACGAAUUCGA